CUUCAUUAUGGAAACAGUUGUGUUGAGAAUGAUUUCUCACUUGCGUCGUCUUACCACUUAAAAUUCCAAUAAUGCAAGCUUUAGAAAACGACCCUUAUUCGGCAAAAUUAAUUCCACUCAUGUAUGAUUUACUUAUCCUUAUUGAAAAGAAUAAAGUGAACCAUUUCAAAAAACGUUUAUCCGAAGCAUCAAUGUGGGAUAUAAGAAGAACCAAAUCUGGCCUAAAGUUAAUACUAGAAGCCAUAAAAUGGAAUAGGAAAGAAAUUUUUGACCAUUUGUUACACGAUUGCUACAGUUGUUGUAGCGAAGAUUUUAUAGUCGCAAACGAAUUUGGUAAGACAGCAAUAGAAGUUGCUUGGGAUCAGAAGAACAACAACACUCAAUACUACCUCUGUGAGUUAUUGAAAAGUAGCAGUUAUUUGGAGAAAGUAAUAAAAAACACCGUUUCCAAUUCUUCUGACUAUAUCGAUGAGGAACAUAUCACCAGCCUGUUAACUUAUGCCACCGACCUACCUGACAUAUUUGACAGGCAGUAGUCAAUUUCGAACUGCCAAAUUUUAUUCAGGAUGUGGUAUUUUUCCAUAAAUUUGAUGAAUAUUCAUCUCACCUUAUGCAAUUUAACGUUCUGUUAAAACUGGCAGAACAAAAUUCUUUUCUGUUCCAUAAAGCUUUUGAGUACGAGUUUAAGUUUUGUAUGGCCGUGACGGAUGCACCACAACACGAGAAACGUUAUUUCGGUGAUCUUUUGAUUAGUUUGCUCGGCCUAAAACACGAUUAUCUGGAAAUUCUGUUGGAAAGGUGUGCUCCUGAAAUAUGUCAGAUUUUCGAAAAAUGUGCCCUUCAUUAUAAAACUGCUUUUCUGAAAAGCGAUAGCAGUUGGUGUGGAUGUGGAUUAUCUACUGACUACGAGUACUUUGAGUUACCAGUGGAAUAUCAAUGUGAAAAAAUGUUCAGCAAAUGUUCAACAUUAGACAGACUAGUAUUAUUUUUAGAAAAAAAUGAGACGGUGAGUCAGUGUGUUAUUCGUUUCAUUGAUAUAUUAGACAGCGAAUACUUUUUUCGUUGUGUGGCUGAAAGUAACAACGAAUCCACCGCAACAGAAAUUUUUACCUAUCUCUUAAUGUAUGGUUUGAGAGUUAAAGCCAACCUUUUUAACGUUGUGUACAGAAAUUAUGGUUAUUGCGACCUCUUCAAACUGUGUCUGCAUAUGGACAUAGAGGAAGAACCACCGAAAAACUCACAAAGAGACUUAUUUUACGACGACGAUUUUAAUCUGGUAGAGAAUAUGUUUACCAAAAAUAUUCAGCUGAAAAAUUCACCGUUAAACUUCAUCUUAGAUGUUAAUUUUGAUGUGGAACAACUCCCAGAAAAAUUUAAAUCUUACAGUGAUAAACACGUUCAGCAUCUUCUUGAUUACUUUGCUCAUCCAAAAGUCUAUGAACUUAUUUCAAAACUUGAAAAAGAUAAAAGACUGUGGGACAACACUCUUAAAAAAGUAGAAUAUCAUCCACGAGUGCCUUUGCUCGUCGAAUUGAGUCGAAAUAUUUUUAGAAAAUAUCUUAUUGAAACAUUCCAAAUUCGAACUACGAAAAUGUUGUAUUCUCUUAUUAAUGGUCUACCUAUUACUUCUACCCAUAAGAAAAUGAUUACUUUUGAAAAAAAAAAUCUAUCAAUCUUAAAUAAAAUAAUAAGUACUACAUCAUGA